UUGACCAUCGAAGAUCAGAUAUAUAACACAGAUUGCAGCAUCUGAGAAAUAAGAGGUGAUAACAUGUAUUGGCUCGGGUAGAUAAGAUACUAAAACAAUCAUUGACAUAAUAUAUGUUCAUUGUUCCUAUGUCCGCUACUUGGCAUUCAUGACCGUAACAGCCUCGAGGUAAUUGCUUAGACAGUGUGAAAGGCUAUUAAUACAGCUAAACAGAAAAACAUGGAUGGAUAACACUUCAAGGACGUGGCUACUGAGAUAUCUUGUUAUGCGGGCCGUUUUGAAAAGUGAUCUCACUUCCGUAAGUGGUGGGAUUUGAGGUUUGAACCUCGAGAGCUCUUUUCCUCCGCCUUUGCGGCCCAGCAAAUGAAUCGCAGAAUAUUUUUUUGAUAUCACACUGUGAUCCCAGGUGCGUUGAUGGCACGUAAUGGAUAAGCUUACAUUUUAUUCAAUUCAUUAACCUUCCACAAGGUUCAUCGACUGCUGACAAACAAGGACACAUAUAACCACGUCCUGGCAGUGGAGCAACUUGAUACAUAAACAGGAGAGGUACACUAAUUGAAAACUGUUGUUCGUCGAUAAACUACAGCGCGAAAGACCAACAUGAAUCGCCAAAUUACAGUUAAAAUACCACUGAUGAAAAUUACUUCAUAUCACAGCAAAGAAACCAAUCCUUUCCCAGCCUCUAACAACAAUGUCCAAGUGUCUCCGGUGCUGGCUUUUGAUUCUGGCCCAGGGUUUGAGUUAAGGCCGCUAAUCGAGCCCGACCUUAAGAAUCUACCAAAUGUGGACUCUACCGAACUGGACAGCUCUUUGCGAGAUUUACUGAUGGAAAAAAUGAAAUCUGUCAACGUUUUUACGGACGAUAACGAUGACACUAUUUCUGAAGUUUCAACUUGUAGUUCGGUAGUCGCUCUAGAGACUGUUGAUGAGAGCGAUACAGCUAACACCACAUCAGCGCCGACAGGUAACCGAAAAACCUCGAGGGCGUCUUCGUUUAAUGCCGGAUCGACCUCGAGGACCACCGAAGGAGCAAGUUACCAUUCGUUAAGCGAAGCCGAAGAGGAAGAUGGUCGAAAGACAGCAAUGAAAAAGUCUAAGAAAAUUUCUGACUUGUUUCCGUUCAACGCUUCUAAUCUUAGCGGAAAUGGAGUCAAUGAAGAGAAUGAUGAAAUUCGGCCCCCCGUGCCUUCUGAAAGAAGAAGAAAACUCAGCAUUACUAAAAGAAUUUCGCCGCUAUCUUUGCAUGGAAUUUUCGCUGGGAGUCAAUCGAUUGGUGCGAAUAAACAAGAAGCCACUAACGAGAAAGAAACAAAGAGGACUCGAAAGUUGUCUUUGACAAUGUUUCAUAAACCGGCAAGCGAAAAAGAACGGAAGAGACGAAACACUGACCCACAACUGCCACCCAAUCAACAAGUGACAACUACCAUUGAAAACGAAGAGAAGAGAAGAGUAGAAGAGACAGUGAAUUUAGAGCGUAAAGAGUCUCAAACCAAGCCUGUCCCCGAACAAGCUUUCUUCAAAGAGGAAGAUGUCAAAUUACAUGACCUUAUUAAGCAUGUGCUGCGCGCGCAUCUGUUAUCAAUGAAGGAGUAUAAGCGGGAAAAGUGCGAUCGUGUGUGUAAAAGCAUUUGUAAGAUUUUGAAAACUCUUGUGGAGUCUAUGAAGGAGACGGAAAACGUUCAGUGUAAAGUUGUGUGCCAAGCUUAUAUUGGAUCCGUGAGGGAUGAAGGCAUGUUCGCUUCUGUUCAAGCGCUGUGGGAAAAUGACAGAGAUAAUUUCGCCGCUGCGAGUUUCAGGAGUGAUUCCUUGUUCGGGUUUGCUUCUGUUAUAACAAACUCUUUAUACUGAUACAAAAUAGAAAUGCUUAUCACCACAGUAGUAUAUCUAUACGAUGAUAAAAUCACUUGUAUGUCUGACAAUUCAGGCACUGAAGCGCGGAGGCCAUGGUUUCCAACCACGAUGUGCCAUGUUUAUUAGUUUGGUUUUAGAUUUCAGAUUGAAAUUGGAUUAAAAAUAUUUAAGCGCUAUAACUGAUUCUUUGGCUUUUUUUUUUUUCAAUAAUUUUAGCCUUCUAGUAAGAAUUUCCCGGACCUUAUUUCGUCAGCAGUGAUUUAUCAUUCCGACCAGACGGUUUUGUGUUUAAUAAGAUCACGUGUAGCCUCGAUCACAGCAUGCCGGGACGUUUUUAAAAUUUUCUCGCCAAUAUCUGAAAUAGUAAGGAGGUUAACAGCAGCAAGAAGAUGCCAUAUUCAGCUCUUCUAACUUUCUAGAAUCUAACAAUUUGAUACAGAGGGGAGAAAAAAAGAUAGUUUUAAUGAUAACACAGCCGUGCAUGUCAUUAACAUGCUGAUACGACAUAUCCUUUUCAUUCACAGAAUCCAGAGAUCAACUCUCAGUGCUGUACGUAUGCCACCCACUUUAGUGUAAUCUUGUGUCUGAGAAUUUGGCUUUAAUUGCAUCAAACAAUAUCUCCCAGUAGAUACGUUCAGUCUUCCCUGAGGGAGACGUGUAACUCAGCACACUAAAGACCUUAUGAUUUUCACUAUUGUUCAUGUAAAGGGGUCGAAGUUAUUUUAAAGUAGUUAGAGAGUGGCUUUUCGUUACCCUUUUGUCCUCUAAGAUUGACUAGCAUCUAAAUUCUCCUAACCUUAUCAUCCCCUAAAUCACACAUUCAAGUCAUGAGGAUAAAGAAAACGAUCCCUAACUAAACGAACUCUUGAUUGUCAAACAGCGCCUGGAGGAAAUACAUACUGAUGAUAGCCGGUGUAAAGUAUUUAAGGAGAAUUAUAGUCUACAAACCAAUUAAUUUUUUAUCUCCUUCAUUAAAAAGUAUUUUAAUAAGAAGGUGAUUUUCCCCGCAUUUUGA